GUGAUUGUCUUCGUAUUUCAUGCAGAGACUUCACGGUCUUACUGGUUAUCUCAAUUCUUUUUCUAUUUCAGGUUAGAGAGUGUCACUUGGGGUUAAGGUUAAAACUUUGAAGAGCGAGAAACGGUCAUCCGGCUGGACCCACGCCAUUAAAAAUGAACGUCUUAGUCUACUCUGGGCCAGGUGUCUCCGAAACAUCUCUUAGGCACACCAUAUAUACCCUCAAGUCUUUGCUUGAGCCUGCAUAUUCUGUCCAAACCAUCACACCAAUCGCUCUGACGUCACAACCUUGGACUGCCAACUGUGCUCUGCUGGUGAUUCCAGGGGGAAGAGAUGUGCCUUACGUGAGCAGCCUGUCCCCUGCUGUUCAGCAGAUUAGAUCCUAUGUGGAGAGAGGGGGCUCGUUUCUGGGGCUGUGUGCUGGUGCAUACUUUGGUUCGGGUCGUGUCGAAUGGGAGGUAGGAACGGAGUUCGAGGUAGUAGGGGAUAGGCCAUUGCGAUUCUUCCCUGGGACGUGCAAAGGAUGCGUGUUCAAGGGAUUCGAAUAUGAUUCAGAGGCCGGUGCUGGUGCCGUCGAACUGAAACUGUCAAAAGAACUGGGAAUCAAUCAUGACAACUUCCUUCGAUAUAUUUACUACAAUGGAGGAGGCCACUUUGUGGGAGCCGAUGAUCUGGCUUCGAGGGGUGUCGUCCCUUUGCUCAGAUACACUACUCCGGCUGCGGAGAAGCUGGUGGCUGCAGUUUCGUGCAGCGUGAAUCAAGGAGUUGCGCUGCUAUCCAGUGUACACAUUGAAUUUCCCCUUACAUCAGAACCUGCCAAAUCAUGCAUAAGCAAGGAGUAUCCAUCACUUUCAACAAGGGACAUUCAUGCUGCGGAUAACUCCAGGAAGGAAACUGUGCGAAAUAUGUUGCGCAUUCUCCGACUUUGGGUUCCGGAGGAGGCACACCGACGUGCCGAUCGUCCUUACCCACAAUUGCUCAUCAAUGGGAGUUCUUUUGAUCACUUGGGCGAGUCAUUUCUUACGGCUUUGAAAAACGACUUGUUUGCUCCAAAUGCAAAUGGGGCACAGAGAUAUCAUGUUCUUCAAGAUCACAAUGACACUUUUCAUAUCUAUCGACAACCCGAUAUAUCUGGCCUCAUCGAAGAUGCCCGUCACCCAGCUCUAUUGGAGAGCGAACAACCUACUUCCUUUCCUAAAACCAUCGCGAUCUGUCCUGCAAAGACGUUCCCAUCACUGAGCGACACACCUCUCUUUGAUAUACCAACAUACUUCUCGCAUUUAUCUGAGGCUCAAAAGACCCUCCCGAAAAAGUCAACAUCAACCCACCGACUGGGCGAAUUGCUUUUAUAUGGUGAAGUCGUCACUUCUACACAGACCUUACUUGACAAAAACCCAAUUCUCCUUCGCUCGCUGCCGAUUCCGCUGGUUUCAUUAGCGUCCUAUCAGCUAGCUGGCAAAGGUCGAGGGGGAAACACGUGGGUUGGACCCAAGGGAUCUUUGGCAUUAUCCAUCGUUCUGCGCCCCCCAAAGGGUACAAUAUCCUUUCCGUCCUUGGUUUUUAUUCAAUAUCUCGCGGGAUUGGCGGUGACAGAGACAUGCAGGGAGAUCAUGGGCCCUUUGGGGGAACAGGUCAGGCUUAAGUGGCCCAAUGAUAUUUACGCCCACGAGUCCGGCAAUCAUGGCGUCGAGGGCCGCCGUGCGCUUAAGCUGGGAGGGGUACUCGUGAGCAACGAUAUUUCAGGUGGAGAAGUGACCAUCGUGGUUGGUAUCGGCCUGAACGUGCUCAAUGAUCGACCCACCACUUCGCUAGCUCAGCUGAUCCCAAGCCCACCUAAUUCCCUCACUCUUGAGAGAACUACAGCAGUUUUGAUAGCAAAGUUUGAGCAAUUUUGGGAAGAGUUCUUGAACAACAAGGGGUCGUUUUCCACUUUCAUGGAUCUUUAUCUUGAACGCUGGCUACACUCGGAUCAACUCGUGACUCUGGCUAGUGCAACUCCCCCCAUAAAAGUGCGCCUGGUCGGUAUAACUGCUGAUCACGGACUCCUCCGAGCAGUUCCUGAAGAUCGGGGCGUCGCGCGCGUCCAGCCAUACAUCGAUUUACAACCUGAUGGGAAUAGCUUUGAUAUGUUGAAGGGAUUGAUUCAGGUCAAGCAGUCAAGGAUUUAACUAGUUUGAGCCUCGAUGCGAAGUCUUUGGUGUUUGUCGUGCCAGCCCAGAGUGCCUUCACUACUGUCAUUCUUGCUACAUACGUCGCAUAGAACUUCUCAUACUGCACCUUGUGUGGCUGUUUUUUUGCGCAAUGUACUUGACGAUCUGGAUCUUCUCAUUCUCAUGUCCUACGAAACGACACUUCGCGCUCGCGCUCGCGCUCGACAUGGCUCGUAUCUUGUUCUGGGUCAAAGUAAUACAUGUUUGCCCUCGGUUUCUGCUUGCUCUACAAGUCUUGUUCGUCUGGCCUUAAUCUCCUUCCCUCAACCCUUUUUCAUCUCGUAAUCCUGUCAAGACUUCCGUUCUGUUGUUCUGCAGUUGUUUUGCUCGGAU